AUGGAGCUAUUGCUCUGGCGAGGCGUCUCACUUAACGGGUGGCUGAUGCACUCUUACUCGUGUUGGCUGACGCUGGGCGGCAACGCGGACGCGCUGAGUCUGAGUCCAUCACCUGCAGCGUCGCCGUCGUUUGGGGCCAUCCCGGCGUCGGUAUCUCUUGGAGCCAUCGGCCGUGUUCGGUCGCGGUCCAGCAGUACAGCCAGUCUUAACUCACAAGGAGCCUACGCCGUUCGACGGGAGGUCCGGGAUCUUUUCGAAGACCUCCAGGAUGGACACAAUCUCAUCUCGCUCGUGGAGGUCCUUUCAGGAGAAAGUUUUCCGAGGGACCGUGGGCAAACGCGCUUCCACUCAAUUCAAAAUGUACAAGUUGUCCUCGACUUCCUGAAGUACAAGAAGGAAAGAUUAUCCGACACAGAUGCGCGAUUUUUCAAGCUUUUCUCUGUUCGACGCUCGUUUUUCUUCAACUUGACGAGUCAUGGCCCAGAGUACCCAAGUUUUUCUUACUUUUUUAUGCUUGCGACAGCAGAUGUCGUUUCUGGAAAGAGCUGGCUGGUCCCCGCAGUAUCCCCUGCCUUUCUGGAUUGCGGCCAGCUGUUCCUUCGUAGUCGAAUAAGUCGAAUGGGACUGAACGCAUUCCCGUCGAUUUUUGUUUAUUCGCAGAUUAAGCUUGUGAACAUCCGAGCUGAGGACAUCGUUGACGGAAAUCCAAAGCUGACGCUUGGGUUGAUAUGGACGAUAAUCCUACACUUCCAGGUGAGUCAUCGAUUCUCUUGUAUCCGGCGCGCCGCGUUUCGAUAUUGCUACACUAGUGACACCUGUGGUUACCGUGGUGGAAGCCUCCGAUUGGUCGGCAGAUGUCGGGCGUUUCCUCUGUUACGCCCGGUCCCGUGUGAAGGAUAUACGCACAGCUGGUACUUCGGAGGUACUUUCGACGGUUUCUUAUGUCGAAUGGGAGGAUAA